GACCUAGAACGCCGGCUACUGGUUGAACCAGCUACGGGCCUGUGGGACGCAGAGCUGGGGAUCCAUUCUGUGCGUGCCUGGGGAGCCACAGGGUAGUGCAAGGUACGGUUCUGUUCCUUCCGGUGUCCUGAAGACGAAAGCGGGCUGAAUUCUCCACUACAGAGGACUGGGGAGUCCUUGGCGCGACUACAAAGUUCCGGGCAGGGUGGAGUGUCAUCUUGGCGUGCCAGUUCCCAUGAGGACCUGGGCAACAUGGUGCCCACUGGCCAGGUGGCAGAAAAGCAGGCAUGCGAAGAGCCCAGGCAGGACCACGAACUGAAGUCCUGGCGAUGCCUGGUGUUCUACCUCUGCUUCUUCGGCUUCAUGGCCCAGUUGCGGCCCGGGGAGAGCUUCAUCACACCCUUCCUCCUGGAACGUAAAUUCACCAAGGAGCAGGUGACCAAUGAGAUCAUCCCGAUGCUGCCCUACUCCCACCUGGCCGUGCUGGUCCCGGUCUUCCUGCUCACCGACUACCUGCGAUACAAGCCAGUCCUGGUCCUGCAGUGCCUGAGCUUCGUGUGCGUGUGGCUAUUGCUGCUGCUGGGCACGUCUGUCGUGCACAUGCAACUCAUGGAAGUCUUCUACAGCGUCACCAUGGCGGCACGCAUCGCCUACUCCUCCUACAUAUUCUCCCUGGUGCAUCCCUCCCGCUACCAGCGCAUGGCCAGCUACUCACGGGCGGCCGUACUGCUGGGAGUCUUCAUCAGCUCUGUGCUGGGCCAGGCGCUGGUCACCGUCGGACAUAUAAGCACCUAUAUGCUCAACUGCAUCUCCCUGGGCUUCAUCCUCUUCAGCCUGGUCCUCUCCCUCUUUCUAAAGCGCCCGAGGCGGAGCCUCUUUUUCAACCGCAGUAUAUUGGCGCGUGAAGCCUUGCCCUGUGAGCUGGAUCAGAUGCACCCGGGGCCUGGCCGGCCAGAGACCGGGAAACUAGAUCGCAUGCUGGGCACUUGUAGAGACUCCUUCCUGGUGCGCAUGCUAAGUGAACUGGUGGAAAACGCCCGGCAACCACAGCUGCGUCUCUGGUGCCUCUGGUGGGUCUUCAACUCUUCAGGCUACUACCUAAUCACCUACUAUGUGCACGUCCUGUGGAGAAGCACUGACAGCAGCCUCAGCUACAAUGGUGCCGUAGAUGCUGCCUCCACACUGCUGAGCGCCAUCACGUCCUUCUCCGCGGGCUUCCUGAACAUCCGCUGGACUCUGUGGUCAAAGCUGGUCAUCGCAAUCGUGAUAGCCAUCCAGGCCGGCCUGGUUUUCUGUAUGUUCCGGACCCAGGACAUCUGGGUCUGCUACGUGACCUUCGUGCUUUUCCGUGGGGCCUACCAGUUCCUUGUGCCCAUUGCCACUUUUCAGAUCGCAUCUUCUCUGUCUAAAGAGCUCUGCGCAUUGGUCUUCGGGAUCAACACCUUCCUUGCUACUGCGCUUAAGACCUGUAUCACACUUGUGGUCUCUGACAAGCGGGGACUGGGUCUCCAAGUCCGUAGUCAGUUCCGUAUCUACUUCAUAUACUUCCUGAUGCUGUCUAUCACCUGCUUUGCCUGGGCGGGGCUGGAUGGCUUGAGGUACUGCCAGCGUGGUCGCCACCAGCCCCUGGCCCAGGCCCAGGAGCUGAGGAGUCCAUUGGAGACUUCUGUGCAGGCGAUAAACCUACAGGAUGGAGACCUAAGGGGACCGAAGCCCUCAGCACCACAGCUGCUCUCAGAGGAUGGCAUGGAGGACGACAGGGGAGACUUGAGAGUCGAAGCCAAGGCUUGACCUUCCUAGCUUCUCAGCGACCGGAUUCCUGACUCAGAGGCAGCCCCUCCUGUGUGCACUCCAUCCUGAACCACCCUGGGCCUGAUGCUAACAGACAGUGCUCCCAGUCGAUGUUGCCUCGAGUCCAAGACAUGCAGGGGGCUCCCCUGUUGCCUUUUAGGAGCCCUUAGGUUAGGCCACAGAACCCUCCUUAGGGGCCACCUGUUUUAAUUGAGGGGCGAUAGAUAGCUUAUCCUUCUGACCCAGCCUACUUCGUGCUUUAGCCAUGGCUGAAGCCUGCUACUGACCCUCAGGGCAGCUCCCUGGCCUUGUGAACCACAUGGCAGACCACCGUGAGCCUGGGCUGCCCAUUGCUUGCCAAGAAGAACCUGUAUGGGGCUCAACUAUGCCCACCAGGCCAGUCUGCCUUUUGCUCUGGGAAGCUCAGGGCAAAUCAUGUCUGCCCCCAGGGCUAGUGAGGCAGCCCUGUCCACUGAGCCUGCAGGGUGCCGGUUGCCUGCCCUAGGCUCCUGGCUAUGCUGCAUACAUCCUUCCACUAUCGGAGGUGCUUGUUUGAAUGGUUAUCUGAAUUUUUUUUUUUUUUAACUUGACAUUAAAAUGGAG